AUGAGUGGGAGGUUGAAGGAUCAAGAAAGAUCAAGGGAGGUUGCGAAGGCGGCUGUGCCAGUCUGUGAUGGAUGUGGCCCCCUGCAGGAAAAGGUACGAAGCUUAGAGGGAACCAAGAAAGCAACUACAUAUAACGGUACAGACCGUUUUCGAGAAUUCUUGGUGAAGGUGUGA